CCGCGCCGAGCGGGAGCAGCAGGCGCCGCGCCGGGGCUCGGGGUGUAACAGGCCCGCCGCUUUGCCUUGCGAGUCGGAGGAGGCGCUCGUGCAAAAGAAAAUAUCAAGAUGAGUAAAAAGCCUCCAAAUCGUCCUGGAAUCACAUUUGAGAUUGGUGCUCGUUUGGAAGCACUGGACUACUUACAAAAAUGGUAUCCAUCUCGUAUUGAGAAGAUAGAUUAUGAAGAAGGGAAGAUGUUGGUUCAUUUUGAACGUUGGAGUCACCGCUAUGAUGAGUGGAUUUACUGGGACAGCAAUAGAUUGCGACCCUUGGAGCGACCAGCAUUAAGGAAAGAAGGGCUGAAAGAUGAUGAAGAAUUUGUUGAUUUUAAACCUGGAGAAGAAGUCCUAGCUCGUUGGACAGAUUGUCGAUACUACCCUGCAAAGAUUGAAGCAAUUAAUAAAGAGGGAACAUUCACAGUACAGUUCUAUGAUGGUGUUAUUAGAUGUCUUAAGAGGAUGCAUAUCAAAUCUAUGCCGGAAGAUGCAAAAGGGCAGGACUGGAUAGCUUUGGUCAAAGCUGCUGCAGCAGCAGCAGCCAAGAACAAAGCAGGAAGUAAACCUAGAACCAGCGCAAACAGCAAUAAAGAUAAAGAGGACAGAAAAUGGCUAAAAGUUCCUUCAAAAAAAGAAGAAACCUCAACCUCUACAAUCAUGCAGGAAGUCCAAAAAAAGGAAGAGGAGCCUACAUCUAGUGACACAUUUGGUUUUCCUGUAGUGGAUGUUCCAAAGAUGGCCUUUGUGCAGGCAGAGAGCACACUAUCACACAAGAGGAAAAGUAAUCUAGGCAACUCAUUUCAGGCAAAGAGAGCUCGUCUUAACAAGAUCACUGGUUUAUUGGCAUCCAAAGCUGUUGUUGCGGAUGGUGCUGAAAAAAAGGAAGGCAACAAAGAAACAGCUCCAGUCCUGGAGCAGGAGAUUUCACCUAAACCACAAAGUCAGAAAAAAAAUGAAGCUGAUAUUAGCAGUUCUGCCAACAAUCAGAAACCUGCACUGUUAUCCUCAACUUUGUCUUCAGGAAAGGCUCGCAGCAAGAAAUGCAAACAAGAAUCUGGAGAUUCUUCUGGGUGUAUAAAGCCCCCUAAAUCGCCACUUUCCCCAGAAUUAAUACAAGUCGAGGAUUUGACGCUGGUCUCUCAGCUUCCUUCUUCUGUGAUAAAUAAAACUAGUCCAUCACAGCCAGUGAAUUCCCCUAGAUCCUACAAACAUAGCCAACGGAGAAGAAGAUCACAGCGAUUAGCAACUUGCUCCUUGCCUGAUGAUUCUGUAGAAAAAGUUUCUUCUCCCUCUUCAGUUACUGAUGGAAAAGUGUUCUCCAUCAGUGGUCAAAAUCAACAGUCAUCAAAAUUGGAGGUACCUGCUGUUGCUCAUAUAUCACUUGAGAAGCGUGGACCGUGUCUCCCUCUUGAUUUAAGCCGUAGUUCGGAAGUUACAGCGCCAUUAUCCACAGAAUCCACUUUCCAUAAUGAAUAUCCCAGUAAAGACAAGGAAGAUAUUCAGAUGAUUACAUAUCUUUCUUCCAAAGCAGUAACUGAUGGAAGAGUAGCUACAACAGCGUCAGGUGCAGUGAGAAUGGAAAGAAAGGGAAAACUGGAAGAGAAAAUUCCUUCAACAUACGGUAAAAAGAAAGAAAAGGAAAAAGAGAAAAAAGAAAAAAAGGAGAAAGAUCAUAAACCAAAACAGAAAAAGAAGAAGAAAAAAAAGAAGAAAUCUAAACAGCAUGAUUAUUCAGAUUAUGAAGACAGUUCUGUUGAAUACUUGGACAGGUGCUCCUCCCCAUUAACACGGUCUUCGGGGAGCUCUCUGACUUUGCGCAGCAUGUUCUCAGAGAAGAAUACAUCAUACCAGUAUCCAAGAGCUAUCUUGUCUGUUGACCUUAGUGGAGAAAACCUUUCAGAUGUGGAGUUCUUGGAUGAUUCCUCUACAGAGAGUUUGUUACUUAGUGGUGAUGAAUACAAUCAGGAUUUUGAUUCAACUAACUUUGAAGAGUCUCAGGAUGAAGAUGAUGCUCUCAACGAAAUUGUUAGAUGCAUCUGUGAACUGGAUGAAGAAAAUGGCUUUAUGAUUCAGUGUGAAGAGUGCCUGUGUUGGCAGCACAGUGUAUGCAUGGGACUGUUAGAGGACAGUAUUCCAGACCAGUACAUCUGUUACAUCUGCAGAGAUCCACCAGGUCAAAGGUGGAGUGCCAAAUAUCUUUAUGAUAAAGACUGGCUAAACAAUGGACACAUGUGUGGAUUAUCAUUUUUGAAAGAAAACUACUCUCACCUUAAUGCCAAAAAGAUUGUGUCAACACAUCACCUACUGGCAGACGUAUAUGGUGUAACUGAAAUAUUGCAUGGACUGCAGUUGAAGAUUGGGAUAUUGAAAAAUAAGCAUCACCCAGACCUUCAUCUCUGGGCUUAUUCAGGGAUGCGAAAAGAACAAGAGCAAGUAACUGUUGGGGUAGAGAAAAAAUUGAUUACUUUGCCAGAUUCUGUUAAUCCAACUGAAAGGACCUGUCACAGUCAAAACCAUAAAGAGCCACCCAGUUUACCCCAGAAGAUGGAAGAAACAUACAUCACAAGUGAGCACAGUUAUCAAAAACCACAGAGUUUUGGUCAAGACUGCAAAACAGUCACUGAUCCUAUGAGCUCAGAUGAUGAAGAUUCAAGUAGUUUUGAAGAAGAUCAGGAAUUUCACACAGAGAAUAAAAACUGUUUACAAUAUUCUUUUAAAGAUGGUGGCAUGAAUGGGCAGAAUUCUGCUGAAGGAAACACUGUAUUUGUUUGUAAUGAAAGAAGAGGUUCAGAAGAACAAGUGGAUACACAUCUUCAAUGGCAGCUAAAUCUCCUUACCCACAUAGAGAAUGUACAGAAUGAAGUCACCAGCAGAAUGGACCUGAUAGAAAAAGAAGUUGAUGUGCUGGAAAGCUGGCUUGAUUUCACGGGAGAACUGGAACCACCCGAUCCUCUGGCAAGGUUGCCUCAGCUCAAGCGACGUAUCAAACAGCUCUUAAUUGACAUGGGGAAAGUACAGCAAAUAGCAACACUUUGCUCUGUAUGACAAAAAGGAAGAAUAAAGAAAUAAAAAUAGGUUCCUUACAGUGAAUUUUCUUACUAGCCACAAGACUGACAGGAAGACAGCAAAAAGCUGAGCAUUUAUCUGGUUCUUUUCUGAUUACAUUAAUAGCCUGAAGCUUUAGAGGGAGGAGGGGAAAACUCUCAGAUUUUCAGUGUAACAGAUUCUUUACUGUAUAUUCAGUGUCCAAGCUUCAGAAUGUACCACUGCAUUCGGAGAAAUGUUGAUACGAUUUUAAGAUGAUAUGUCAACAAGAAAAUCCCCACAUACAAGAUAGCUGAACAAACAAAAGCUAUGAAGAACAAUGUGACUAUUUUGAAGCCUUUGGCCACAAAUUAUAAAUCAGCAGAAUUCAGCUGACUAAAAAUUUUUGGGAACUGCUUUUUUAAUGAAUUAAUUCCUCUUGUCUUGCUAGCAAAAGGUAGACCCAGAGAGUUCUGUAUUGUCUCUACAAGGAAGGUUUUUUAGAUGUUCCCUUCUCAUGAAUGUUCAGGAAAAUGAACAUACUAGCUUUGAUUUUUGAAAGAAAUUACUUAUCAUGGUCUCCAUUUUAAGAUAUUUUUUUAAAUAGAUAUCCUUAUUGCAGUACCCUUAGGCUCCUUUAAGACACAAGUGGCAAAGAGUAGUCAGAUGUGCCAAAUAGCGUUCAAAACACUGGAGUGAGAGUUUGAUUAUGAUUUACAUGAAGGUUUUGUAUUUUUUUUCCAAAGUCCUACUUGGUGCCAGCAAUCCAUCCAAAAAUGUAUCUGGUUUAUAUUUUUUCUGUUCUAUUUCAGUAUUCACGAUUCAAGGUACAAUUUUUGUCCUGGGCAGUUCUGUUCUGUUGUUGGCCCUCUGGAAUUUUACCAUCCUCAGCUGGGUUGAGGAAUGACAAGAGCAGCAAAAAUGUCUGUGGCUGUGAAUAUAGUAAACCACUAGAAUAAAAAUCACAUGACACACUCUCCAAAAUGUUUUUAUAAAACCUUUCAGCUUCAGUGAACAAAAUGUCACAAAACCAAAGGCAACCUUCUUUCUCUGUUAGCUCUUGCUGGAUUUUGAGCCCAGGACUUUCCCUGUGCUUCUAAGUUGCCGCUGUACCCAGUGCUACAUCCAUGUUUGUGUGUGUGUGUAUAUGUGUAUAGGAAUGCAUGUACAUACAUGCAUACUAUAUACAUCUCUAACUACACAUGGCUAGUUUUGUUACGAUGGACAAUAAGAAGUGGUGGUUAACAUGAAAUGUUACCUUUUAACAAGCAGUUUCUAAAAUUGAAAAUAAUGUAUGUACAGGUUUUGGAAUUUGUAAAAUAUGACUGUUAAAAGGAGGCUAUUUAACUGAUGACGUUAAGAUACUUGAACAUUUUAUGCCUCACAUCUGUUUAUCAGUUCUAGUUAUCUGUAUAAAUGCAUUUUAGAACCGAUAGACAGUACACUUGAAUUUACCUUUUGAUAAAAGUACAAGCCACUGUACAUUCAAAAAUUAUUUAAAUUUGCAAACACACUGUUCUAUAUGUAAGGUACUGUAUGUAAAACUGUUUAUUAAAACUAUUCUGCAUACUCUACAUUUUCCACUUUUCUUCCCGAUCGGCAAAAAAAAGUCAAAAAAGAAAGUGAUUGUUACACUGUACAGACCAUCAGAAAAUCUUGGAAUGCCUUUCAAGGAUGCAUAACGUUGAAAAAUGUGCCAAAGAUGGAUUAUCUGGGAAAGACUUCGCAGCCAGUGCAUUGAACUUUCAUGAUAAAACCAUUAUUGAAAAUGAAAGCAGCAUGGCUGCUUCAUUGCUAAAAUAAACCUACCCUGACAUUUCCCAUCUGUCUACCAUAUCUGAAGCAAGUUAUCACUCUUGAUGUCCAAAGCAAAAUGUUAACCCCUGUUACAGAGUGGUUGCUAUUUAAAAAGUCUUGCCACAUCUAGCUUGUAGGAGUCAUUACAGAGCUGCAUGGUAACAUGGAAGUUAAUUAUGGAAUCAUGAUUGGCAACUUCAUAACACAGAAAGAACAUAAGAGCUGAGAACUUGUUGACAUUUUUAUAGCAACUGUUAAGAAAUGAAAUACUUGUGUUAUAUAGAUGGAUGCUUAAAUAACUGCUUCAAACAAUAUGAACAGUUGAGUGACCUACUUGCUUUUGGAUAUGUGAGACAUAUAUUGUUCAUUUGCUGCAUAUCCAUGAAUGUGGUACUGUGUGUACUGUAUAAGAGAAGUGUAAAUCCAGAUGAAUUACUUUGAAACAAAGUGGAGUGUAUUUACCUAAUUUAUACAGCAUACACUGUAGCAAUAUUAUGCAAUGUGUGUGCAUGUGUGUGAUGUAAUAUAAUUGUAAAUGUUACUGAAGGUGGAGGUGGACUGAGAGGUUCCAUGUGGGAGCAAGGAGGUUUUGUUCUUAGUGCAGAGGUGCAGGAAUGGUAUCCUGAAAAGGAAAUCAUAAGGUCAGUUAAAGUUGUCUUUGCAGCUCUAACUUGUCUUCUGUUUAUAUAUGUAGUGGUAUCUAAAUUUACAUGAAUAUGAAAUUUUAUCACUCAGGAUCCUGCCUUAUUCAGGAUGGACUGUGCUUACAAAAACAACCUGUUCAGUAUUUUUUUAAUCUUCAUUUAUGUGUAGUCACAUGUUAUAAAAACUCCGGCAAACUUUCAUAUCUUCUAAGAAAUACAAUCUCAAUGUCCUUAUGGACAGUGCUAUGAUACAUUGUGUAUUGCUUGAAUGCUUCACAAGCUUGUCUGAGUUUGCUUUCUUAAGUUGUGAUGUUAGUCUGUAAAGUGACAUUAAUUUUGGCCCCAGUUUCUCAAGUAUUCAAAGGUUUGGAAUGCUUUUGAAGUUGUUGGUUUUUCUUUAAACACUUAAGUGCCAUAAAAAUGCUAAGUGUUUUGCACAGAAUGUAACCUACAGCUGAUUGCUUUGUUUGACAGUGAAACCUGGUCUGAUCUGGCUUGUACAGGUAUUUCUUUUAGUUGGCCUUAUCAAGAGAAUCUUUUUCCUGUAGGCAUCAUUUUCCAUCUGUCUUCCUGCUUCCUCUGUAAAUGUGCCAGGGGUCUACGCACAGUCUGUUUGCAACGUCAUUUGUCAGGGAGUGAAUUGCCGUUCUUGGAGCUGUAUGUUGAGAGAGGCAGACCCUCUCUGAGGAAGAAAUAGCUUGUCAAGUUGGUAUAGGACUGGUUUUGAUACACAUGCACAGAAGGGUAAACUUUUCAAAUUUGCAGCCUUCUUUUAACUUAGUACAAGCUCUUAGUAAUAAACAGAAGGGAAAUGCCAUUUUACAGAAGCCUUUUGUGAUUUUGCUGGGCUAAAUGGGAAAGUUGUGGAGCCUUUAACUCAACUUUGAGGGUUGAUUUUUUUUUUUAUUACUUUUUUGUUUUUUUUCAUGGAGGUACCAGGGUGAUUCAUUUCAAAGUCUUCUACAGUAGGCAUCUACAGCAGAAAUUCUGUGUUUUCAGUUGCAGUAGGGCAUCAAGCAGUCAUAAAUGAAAUGUAGUUUUGGUAACCAGACACCACAUGAUGGGGCUGCCUCUGUUGCAG